GCUUUUUUGGAAUGGAGUCUCAAACCUAGGGGUUUCUAUCUCCUCCCCAUACCCCUGGAAUCCCAUACCCACCUCCCCCCAAAGAUUCAAAAUCCAUUCCACCAAAGUUUCUAACCCUAGCUCACAAAAGAGGGAAGAGAAAGAACGGUUCAGCCGCCCACCAUUACCGAUUCACCGGCGAUCUACUCUCAGGCGACCGUCAAUCCGGAGACCAUCACCGGUGACCGUCAUCUUGUCCGGUGGGAUAAUUCGCGGUUGGGUAGAAAUGGCUCCCUUGCAAUUGACUAACAUAAGGAGAAGGAAGAAGAAGCAAAUAGAGUUACUAAUAACAAUUAUGGUUGUUAUUAAUGUAAUUCCUAUUAUGUAUUAUGUGUUGUUUAUGAUGGGAGUGAUACUUCAUAAAAUUGAAAGGCCUAGAUAUAGCAAGAGUGAGAAGAAACGUCUUAGGCUAAAGAAAUUGAAUACAUUAAUUAAGUAUAGUGAUGUAAUUUGCAAGAGUCGGGUAAAUAGAAGAACUUUUGGUGUGAUUUGUGAGAUGGCAAGAGAUAUUGGAGGAUUGACGGAAAGUCGAAACAUGUCAAUAGAAGAAAUAGUAGCCAUGUUUUUGUUCACUUUGGCUCAUCAUAUAAAAAAUAGGACAGUGGGAAAUAUUUUUUUUCGAAGUGGAGAAAGUGUUAGUCGAAACUUUCAUCGAUGUCUACUUGCUAUUCUAAAGUUACAUGAUCAUCUACUUAAAAAGCCGACACCUAUAACGGAAGAUUGCGAGGAUGGGCGGUGGAAAUACUUUAAGAAUUGUUUAGGAGCCUUAGACGGCACAUAUGUUAGUGUUCAUGUCGCAAAUGAGGAUAGGCCAAGGUAUCGGACAAGGAAAGGUUCUAUUGCCAUGAAUGUACUAGGUGUGUGUAAUCCUAAUAUGGAAUUUAUAUAUGUGCAACCUGGUUGGGAAGGAUCUGCUCAUGAUGGUCGUGUCCUUCGAGAUGCCAUUAGUAGGCCUCAUGGUUUAAAAGUUCCUCAAGGUUCCUAUUAUUUGGUUGAUGCGGGAUAUACAAAUUGUGAGGGUUUCUUAGCGCCAUAUAGAGGCCAUCGAUAUCACCUGAAAGAGUGGGGAGAUCGACUUCCAAUUAGCGCUGAAGAGUAUUUCAACAUGAAACAUUCCAAAGCUAGGAAUGUAAUUGAAAGAUGCUUUGGAUUAUUGAAAGGAAGAUGGGGUAUUCUAAGAUCCCCAUCUUUCUUCCCAAUACGUACUCAAGGACGUAUAGUUCAAGCUUGUGUCCUAUUACAUAACGUGAUUCGAAAGUAUAUGCCAACCGAUUACACUACAUAUUUUGAUUCCGAGAAUGAAGAAGAAAGUGAUGAUGAGGACACUGAUGAGGAAAUGGAAUAUAUUACUGUUAUUGCAACAUCCGAUGCUUGGACUAAUUAUCGAAACACUUUAGCACAAACUUUGUUUAAUAACUGGAGAGCUAGAUGUAUUGCAAACACAUGAAUGUUUAUUUAUAUUUUCAGUUUUUCACAAGAUGUUGUUUAUUUAUCUUUAUUUAAUGGUGUAUUUUUAUUAAAAGAAUUAUUUCUAUGUCUUGUUUGUGACACAAGAGCGACAUUUUAUUGUUUAAUUAGGUUGAUUGGAUCUAAUUAUAUAAAUUUUAAUUAGCAAAUCUAAUUAUUUAAA